AUGCGUCGCCCAGAGGUUGGACUGGCACCCAUACGCAUUGCGGCCUACCGAAACUACACACAAGCGAUCCGGGUGCUGCUCGGUGUCGGGGAAGAUAUUGAGCAGAGGGAUGAUUUGGGGCGAACUCCCCUCCGGUACCGUCGACUGGAGACACCGCUCCAUGCAGCUGCACAUUUGGGCGACGUGGCAACGAUGACAUUGUUGCUGGAGUCGGACAUGUUUGGAGACAACUUAAGCCCGCGGGACCACAGCGGCAAGUAUACUAUCUUUCACGCUGCGGAGAACGGACACUACGAGGUGCUGAAUCUUCUCCUCGAGAACGGCCGCUCAACAGAACGCUACAAGCUUCGUGGCCAUCUGGAUGGCGACCAACCAUGCAAUAACCAUAAGGACGAGGAUGGAUGUACUCCUCUCACAGCUGCAGCGCGCCACGUGGGAGACAACAGCGAGAAUGACCUGCGAUCAGUGGAGAUCCUUCUCAGGGCAAACCCGACCGACUUUGACGCCAAGGAUCCGUAA